AUGGAAAAGACUAAAUAGGAAGACCUUGAUUUUAUUUUCAGUAAAUUCUCAGAAGUUGUUAGAGAUAAGCUCGAAGGUCACUCAGAUACUGUCAACUCUGUAGACAUUCUUGAUCCAUCAAAGUCAAUAGGGAAAAAGCUUAAUACUGAGUAGAAUUAUCUCUCGAAGCAAUAAUUUCACGAGCAUGGACUAUUACUUUCUGCUUCUGCUGAUAAAACUAUGGCAAUAUGGGAUCUGAGGUUGAAUAAAAGAAUCAUGAUGAUUUAAGAUAGCAGCCAAAUAGUUGAUGAAAUAGUUAAGGCUAAAUUUAUGAGUGAUUCACAUGUUAUUUGUGCUACAAGCAAUGUUAUCGGGUUAUUUGAUAUAAGAAAACCAGCAAUAAUUUUGAAGAAACUCGAUCUAUCAACUUUGAUUGGAGAAGAUGAGGUUAAUGAUAUAGAUGUAAAUUAAAUGGAUAAUGGUGUCUUUUAAGUCACAACUUGCGAUGAUUUAGGCCAGGUUUACAUUCAUGAGCUUGAUUUAAGCAGUGAGGUGCCAGGAUUUAGUUUAAAGAAUACAUUGAAGAGUAAGCACACGAAUAUUUGCUUCAAAACAAAAUUUUCUAAGAAUAAUCCAUCGAUUGUUUACUCAGCAGCUUUUGACUACAAAUUAGUGUAAUGGAAUCUGAAGGAUCUUUCGAAAUCAUCUUCUAAAAGUAUAAUAGAUAUAAUGAAGAAAAAUUUUGGAGAGGAUUCACUUCAUUACAAUCCACCUUUCAUAUAUAGUAUGGACACUUAUUAAGUUAGGGAUAGCGAAUUCAUUGUUGUUGGAUUGGGUAAUGGCUGCAUCUUACGCUUUAAAAAGAAAAAUUUAGCACUGGAGGAGAUUGAUGCUGAUAUACAUAGAGAUUAAAUCUCAGCUCUAAUAAUAGAUAAAGUGAAUAAUAUCUUGAUAACAGGAUCAAAUGAUCUUACAGUCGGUUUUCACAGAAUGUCAGAUGAUAGACUAAUUGAACAAACUCUUUUAAAAGUUGAGGUUGAAAAUAAAAUAAAUGACAUGGCUAUGAAUAAAUCUUUCAGAGAACUAUAUGUGGCAGAUUUAAGCAAGACAAUAUCAAAGUUUACAAUUAGAUAGUGA